CUCGUAUUUUCAAACAUUUUUCAAAGUUAAUCCCUCUUUUUUACCUCAAUCACUACCGUUUCCAUUCGGUUUCUGAGAUAUAAAAGAAUUUAUCAAACCCUUUUUCGGAUUUAUCUAUCUACUUUUGUAUGAGAAUUGAUGGCGCAAACUUCUGCCCACAUUUCAUUACGUUUGUAACAAUUAAUACAAAAAUAGGAAAACGAAGAAAAAUUUUGCAUUAUUAAUAUUGUAAUAAUGAGUAAAACACAAUCUUAAGAAUAUUUCGAACAAUUUAUUAGAAUUGAUUUAUUCCAAUUGAUUCAGAAAAGAAUAAGAACUGUCAAUGGACAUUGGAAUAUUUUAACUAUUGUUUAAUUGUUGAAUUCUGACAGUUUCUCCACUCGAGAGAUAUUUUAUUUCCAGAAUUUGAAGGUUUUUGAGUACGCAUUCGUGGGGGAUUUCCCCAUGGUUUGAAAAUCCCGGGGGUUGAGGGAAGGGGCGACGAACGAACAGUUACCGGAAGUGAUCGCACUCUCUAUAAUUAGUAAUAAAGUGACGCCCACUUUUCCAGAUAUGUCAUUUCCAUGUAUUUAAAGUUCCUCAAGUCUAUUCUAAAGGAUCGACAAAGCUCGCAAUCUCAAAUGGUAAUUAGCCAAUGAUAAAAUCCACCAAUGGUGUCGGCCCUUCCCCUGAGCCGAGCUCUAAUUGGUCAUAAGUUUGACAUUGGUGGAGUGGUGGGGAUGGCGCAGGUGGCCGAGAGCCGGCGAAAUGGGCCGAAGCAUGCUAAGUGAGACAGCGAUUGAGGGGACGAAGGAUGCUAUGGUAGCGAGAGCUAGGAGGCACUCGGGCGGCAGGGAGGGCACGCGAGCGAACGAGCCAAUGUUAGUACGUUCGUCGUCGCCAUUGCCAGUGCGUUCUCGCCCUCGCAGUCGUGCGCUACAUCUCGUGUGCGACGGUUCUUACAUGUUGAGAACGAUAACUCGCAAAAUAACAAUUUUCACGAAAGAAUUAUAUCCAUCAUAACAUAAGGAUACCAUAACAAAUAGAAUUUUUACACAGAUAAUAUAAACCUAGAGAAAGAGAAAUAUUUAAUUGUAAAUUAAGACAACUUGGAUCCCCUGUCAACAUCAUAAAUAUAUCGAAGAAAAAUAUAUAUUGUUAAAUCAUUUGUCAAGAUUUUUGAGAUAAUUAACAGUUGUGGACCCUCAAAUAAAUUAAUAGUGAGCUCUCUACCAAUGCAGCAGCAUUGCACCGAGCUCACCCAAAAAUUGUUGAACUCAAUUGAUAAGGAGUACAAUGUCGUCGAUAUGGGCGCCGUCGUGGAUGUCAUCACAGCCCUGGAAAAGACGACAAUCACCAAAGAAGUGCUCGAGAUUACACGACUUGGAAAGCACAUUAACGAAUUACGACGUCAAACAACAAAUGAUGCACUGGCUAAGCGGGCUAAGGAUCUGGUCCGAAGAUGGCGAGAAAUGGUCUUACCGCCCACCAAUUCCUCGGCACAAGUGGCUGGAGGUGUAGCGGCUGUACAUGGAAUCAAUGGAAUAAAGCCACAGAGUCCUGGAGUACGGGGUAUACAUAGACCACGUAGUCCACUUGGGAGUAAAAAUUUUAAACCACAGAGUCCACUUUUACGAGAUGGAGCACCAUUCAAGGUCCUGAGUCCAGCCCUCUCUCUGGCCAGCGAUCAGUCACGUUCACCAAAUCUACCGCCAACGAAGCACCUGCCAGCAUCUCUCUCCCAAAAUCACAGAUUAAAUCAGCCGAAUUCACCAAAACUCUCAACGACAUCACACAAUCCAUCCCUCGACGCAGUACCCCGCACCCACAGCUCCAACAAACGUCUACGAAAAGACGAGCCAAUAGACACUUCAUCAAAAGACGAUCAUAUUCAUAAGAAACAACGGAUCAAUGGUGAAAGCGUAAAUAUUAAUAUUAAUACAAACUCGCAAGUGCCUAGCCCAAUGCCAAUAAAUUCAUCAGUGGAUGUUAUCACUCCUCCUGACGAUAGCAGUGUGGAUAUUGGUGGGGGACCGAAAAAACGUGGACGUAAAAAGGGUAGUAAAUCAUUGAAGAAUCAACAACAACAGCAAGAUCGUGUUAAGGAAAAACUUGCCAGUAUAUCGCGCAAUCCAAAGUUGAAAACAACCCAGGAACUGUUGGCUGAUUUACAGGCAAGGGGCUCAACAGUCACUGCGGCUGGCACCUGCAGGACAGUGAUCGAGCCACCAACGACCGAGGAAAUACUUCGUGGUGAUGGCAAUGAUAUUUCCUAUUCUCACAAUAAUCGAGCGAAAUUGACCAAUUCUGGCAAGAAAAAUGGCGGUGAUGGAGGGGAGUCUAUUGAUAACGAAAAGUUUGACAAACCCCCGUCUCAUGAUCUCACCGUCGAAGAAAUUCUCGCCAAACUACCACCUCUAGAUCACGACUCGAUAAGGUGGAGUGAUGAUGAGGAACCAGCAAGUCCUGUUAAGAGGGAUAUCCAUGAUGAAGAUGUUGAUAGAUUGCAUAAUCGUUGUGUCGAGGGUCUCAAUGGCAAUUAUCAGCUCAAUCUAGUGCAGUCAGAGGGCAAGGAUGCUGCUGAUGAUGAUUGUGAUAUUAAGAGGAUAUCCGGUAUUUACAGACAUCGGAGUAGCGAACCUGGUAGAGAAUUCAGAGAAUGGCACGAGAUGCUAGCGAGGCCCAGCUAUGACGGCCAAAUCCUCCACAUAUUGCCUUACGUUAUCAUUGAUUAAUUUUAAUCGACGAAUUAUUUCUCUCAUUUAUUGGCGGUGAUGAGGGGUUGUCGAGGCCCAAGGAUUAUCUGUCGUUUUUUUUUUUCAAUUUGUAUAUUUGCGUUUUCCUCUGAGACUAGAUAGUUCAGAACUCGAACUAGUUGGGACUAAUUUUUUUUCGUGUCAUUCUCACGUGUCUUCCGUUCGUCGUUUCGAAUUAUUUGGGAUCGUCUUGGUUCUGAUGAUGGGACAAUGAAUGGGAUGGGGGUGAUGGAGGGAAUGUGGACAGUUGUUGAUAUUCGAGGGUGAUAAACCUGGGACUAUGGCGAUUGCGUUGUUGGCAUUUGGCUAGGAUAACAAAUUACUUCUUCUCGUUUUACUUAUUUUUUUCUUUCUUUCAAUUAUUAUUACUUAAUUCUUUCGUGAUGGAAGUAAGAAUUAUUGUUCUUGAGGUUUUUCUGAGUAAUCAUUACUGUAAAUAGUUAAAGUGUAAAUUGAGAGGAGAGGGAUUGAAUUCGUUACCGAUUGGAUUUGCGAUCAUUUUUUGAUCUCAGAUUGUCUGAAAUAUUAUGAUCAAUGUUGCAACUGUAAAUUAUCCAUCACAUGAAAAGUGCCACUGAGGGGAGAUAGUGUGGUAGGGGAGAAAAUUUAUUUCAAUUCUUUGAGUUUUAUUUUGGCAACGACAAUAUGUAGAACAAUUUCCGAGAAAUCAUUCAGUAGAGAAAGGGUAAAACGGUUCUAGUUGGUUUGUACUAUUGAUCAGUUUUUCACGAAUAUUUUUGUAGAUUAGGAGAAUUUCGAUGUCUCCUCCGGAUUCGAGGACAGUUCUUCGAAAAUCCAAUCCAAAGCCGACUUGACUUGAAUUGUUUUACCCUUUCGCUAGUGAACUAUAUUUAAAUUAAUCAGAAGAACAAAAAUUGUAAUUAAGCGGGAAUGAUACAGUGGAGAUGGGAAUGAAAUUGUAAGGGAAGGUAGGGCGUGCGUACCGAUUUUAUAUUCUUGAAGAAUCGAAUCGUACCAAUUGGCAAAUUUUGUACAUGAAUGCAAAAUUUUUGGUACAUUUGAAAUUAAUUGAGGUGCCUUUUCAUUGUUUCUAUGUUCAUUGAGCCUUUUGUUUAUUUUUUCUGAUCACCCUGUCAUAACUGAAGCAAAAUAUAUUUUGAUGGUGAAAAACAAUCCAAAAAUAAAGCGACUGAUGAUUUCAUUUCACAAGUUCAUGUGAAAAAGAUUGAUAAGUAGAAACAUAAAAUAAACUCAAGGGUUUAUCUCCACUUUUCCUCUGUCAAAUGGUCCACAAUAGGUACGAUAAAUAAAUUAUAUUUUGUGCACUUGUCAAAUUAUUUAAUUUAAGCUCUAUAGGAUUUUGAAAAUGAUUUUACUAUCAAUGAAAUGACAAACGAGUUAAAAAAAUUAAUUGUCAAUUUUCUUAUUGUAUUAUUCGUGUUGGCCGAUUAUUAUUAUUUCGAGACCUGAGAAAUACAUAGCAAACAAUGACUCGGAGGAUCAACAGCAAAUGAAAGACUGAAAAAGUGUCCCAUAUGAAAAUUAUUUUGUGCGCACGUGUUGAAAGUGUAAAAAACAAUAUCAGCGGAUGAAAUAAACGCCAAAUGUCCGUGAAAAUGCAUUUGAGUCGUUUUAAUUCAUAUGAAUAAGGAGAUUCACUCAAAUAUAUAAGUACGUUUGUGACGGUGUAACGUGUUUUCCAAGCAGGUGAACGCAAGAAAAAGAAAAAUAAAGUUAUUUGUAUUUCUCAAAA